GAAAACACUAAGAAUCAUGUCCCUGCAUCAGUUUUUACUAGAGCCAACAACCUGCCAUGCCUGGAACAGGGAUCAUACCCAGAUUGCCCUUAGCCCCAAUAAUCACAAAGUGCACAUCUACAAGAAGAAUGGGAGCCAGUGGAAAAAAGCUCAUGAGCUCAAGAAACAUAACAGACGUAUCACAGGUAUUGACUGGGCUCCAAAGAGUGACCGCACCGUUACCUGUGGGGCUGACCGCAAUGCCUCUGUCUGGAGUCAGAAAGAUGGCACCUGGAAACCAACCCUGGUCAUCCUAAGGAUUAACUGCGCAGCUACUUUUGUAAAGUGGUCUCUCCUAGAGAACAAAUUUGCUGUGGGAAGUGGAGCAAGGCUCAUUUCUGUUUGUUACUUCGAGUCCCAAAAUGACUGGUGGGUAAGCAAGCACAUUAAGAAGCCCAUUCGCUCCACAGUCCUCAGCUUAGCCUGGCACCCCAACAACGUUCUGCUGGCUGCAGGAUCGUGUGACUUCAAAUGCAGAGUGUUUUCUGCCUACAUUAAAGAAGUGGAUGAGAAACCUGCCAGCAUGCCCUGGGGCAGCAAGAUGCCUUUUGGUCAGCUGAUGUCAGAGUUUGGUGUCAGUGGGACUAGUGGCUGGGUCCAUGGGGUCAGCUUCUCUGCCAGUGGGAGCCGCCUGGCCUGGGUCAGCCAUGACAGCACUGUGUCCGUAGCUGAAGCCUCGAGCAGUGGGCAGGUCUCCACUCUGAAAACUGAGUUCCUGCCAUUCCUGAGUGUAUUGUUUGUCUUGGAGAAUAGUGUCAUAGCUGCUAGCCACGACUCCUGCCCAAUGCUCUUUAACUACGAUGACCGUGGCUGCCUGACUUUUCUCUCCAAGCUAGACAUUCCGAAACAGAGCAUCCAGCACAACACGUCCGCCAUGGAACGCUUCUGCAAUAUGGACAAGAAGGCCAAGACCGAGGACCGUAGCACAGCUUUGGAGACGCUGCACCAGAAUAGCAUCACUCAAGUAUCUAUUUAUGAGGGGACAAGCAAGAUUGUCACAAAUUUUGCACCACUGGCAUCGAUGGAGCCAUGACAGUUUGGGAUUUCAAGACCCUAGAGUCUUCAAUCCAGGGCCUCCGGAUAAUGU